UCUGUUUUGUUUUGAUUGUGACAGAUUGUAACGAUAAAGUAAAUUCAUUGUAAAUGUUAGUUUUAGAGCAGAACUAAACUCGUUUUUCCACAAUCACUGCCAAAAACAUAAAAAAUUAAUGGAAAUCACUAAUAAUGAGCGUAGUUUGGAGACAAAUCACUCCAAUUUCACGCUGGAAAGUUGCAUCAAAGUCGAAGCACCUUGUCUGGAUGAACGGAUCGAAACGCCGGAAAAUGCUGACAGUGAUGAUGGAGGCUUACCGCACCAGUGCGAGAUCUGUGCCAAGAGAUUCAAGUAUCGGACCAGCAUGAAGCGUCACCUGCGCUCGCAUAGCGGGGAGAGGCCCUUCGAAUGUGAUCAGUGCGAAAAAACGUUUGUCCGAUCGACAAAUCUCAAGCGGCGCAAGUUGACCCAUUCUUUAGAGCCCAUGUUCAACUGCGAGAUCUGCGGUAAAGGGUUCAACGAUCGGAGUGCCAUACCAAAGCACCUACGAGUACACACCGGUGAAAAGCCUUACAAAUGCGACGAUUGUGGAAAAUCUUUCGCCCGACGGGGAACCAUGAAGCAGCACAAAUUGACACACUCUAGUGAGCGGUCCUUCAACUGUGGAGUGUGCAUGAAAAGUUACUUCUCGAAGGUAACACUUAAGGCUCAUGAGUUGAAACAUACUGCAAUGCACCCCUGUAGAUGCGACAUUUGUGGGAAACUUUGCGGAUCGAAAAUAGACCGUUUAACCCACGCGAAAGUUCACCGUGGCGAGGAGCCCUACAAGUGCGAUGUCUGCGGCAAAAAUCUGAACAGUAAAUACUAUCUGAAGGUGCACCAACGGGCACACACGGGCAAGGGUAUUUUCGAAUGUGACGUUUGUGGAAAACAUUUCGUCCAGAAGACCUUUCUGCAUUAUCACCGCACCGCGGUUCACACCGGGGAUAAACCACACAAGUGUAACAUCUGCGAUAGUGGUUUCGUGACGAAAGCUCACCUGCUGCGCCACGUUCGCUAUCACACCGAAACGCACCGGUGCAAUUUUUGUGGCGAAACAUUCCUCAGUUACUAUGUGAUGAAGAAACAUAUGUCGGUGCACUGAUUGGUGGGAAUUAUGUUGCAUGUAGGAGCAGAGCUUUUAUUCCGAUAGGAUUCCCAAGUUUUCGAGGAAUGUUGGUCGCACAGGCGAAAUUAUUCAGGCGUUUUAUCUACUUUCAUACGUUUACUUAUUUUCGACUGAACGAUCGCCUCGAAUCGCAAUUCUAAAAUACUAGUCUACCAAUACUAAUCCCUAAAAAUUUUCGUGUGGUGUGUCUGUGAAAACAACAGUUAAUUUCGACCAACAUUCAUUACCAAUAAUUGUGAACUAAAUUAAUUUUAUCUGUGCAAGCAAGUCGUAGUCACCCUGAAUUUGAAUUUAACUCCUUCGAAGUUCAGCGUGUGCCAUUUUAUAAUAAAAGUUA